GCCCCUGGAGCAGGGGGAGGGACGUCGGCCCCUCUGGCCGCGGGCUGCGCACCCCUGUCAGUUGGUCCGCGCGUCCGUCGGUCGGUGCGUCCGGGCCGCCGGCUUCGCCCUCGCCAUGGCACGCUGGCUACCGCUGCUGUCGCUGCUGGGGCUGCUCCUGGGCGCCGCUCCCGCCCCGCCCCGCCGAGCAGCCGACGCUCAGGCCCGGGAGGCGGCGUACCCGGCGCUGCUGGGGCCCGCCCGCUUCGCCCUGGAGAUGUACAACCGCGGCCGGGCAGCCGGGACGCGGGCGACGCUGGGGGCCGUGCGCGGUCGCGUCCGCCGGGCGGGCCAGGGGUCGCUGUUCUCCCUGAGGGCGACCCUAGAGGAGCCUCCCUGCAACGACCCCACGGUGUGCCAGCUCCCUGUGUCCAAGAAGACCCUGCUCUGCAGCUUCGAAGUCUUGGACGAGCUAGGAAAACACAUGCUACUGAGACGGGACUGCGGCCCAGUGGAUACCAAGGUCACAGAUGACAAAAAUGAGACUUUGAGUUCAGUCCUUCCGCUGUUGAACAAGGAACCCCUGCCCCAGGAUUUUUCUGUGAAAAUGGCUUCAAUCUUCAAGGAGUUCGUUACCACCUAUAAUCGGACGUAUGAGUCGAAGGAGGAAACCCAGUGGCGCAUGUCUGUCUUUUCCAACAACAUGAUGCGAGCACAGAAGAUCCAGGCACUGGACCGUGGCACAGCUCAGUAUGGGGUCACCAAGUUCAGUGACCUUACAGAGGAGGAGUUCCAUACCAUCUACCUGAAUCCCCUCUUAAGAGAGAACCAUGGCGAGAAGAUGCGCCUAGACAAGUCCACUGGCGACUCUGCCCCAUCCGAGUGGGACUGGAGGAGAAAGGGGGCUGUCACCAAAGUCAAGAACCAGGGCAUGUGUGGCUCCUGCUGGGCUUUCUCAGUCACCGGCAAUGUGGAGGGCCAGUGGUUCCUGAAACAGGGGGCCCUGCUCUCCCUCUCCGAGCAGGAGCUCUUGGACUGUGACAAGGUGGACAAGGCCUGCCUGGGUGGCUUGCCCUCCAAUGCCUACUCGGCCAUAAAGACUCUGGGGGGGCUGGAGACGGAGGACGACUACAGUUACCGCGGCCGCAUGCAGACCUGCGGUUUCUCUCCAAAGAAGGCGAGGGUCUACAUCAAUGACUCAGUGGAGCUGAGCCAGAAUGAGGAGAAGCUGGCGGCCUGGCUGGCGGAGAAGGGCCCCAUCUCCGUCGCCAUCAAUGCCUUUGGCAUGCAGUUCUACCGCCAUGGGAUCUCGCACCCACUGCGGCCCCUCUGCAGCCCUUGGCUCAUCGACCACGCUGUGUUGCUCGUGGGCUACGGCAACCGCUCUGGCAUUCCCUUCUGGGCCAUCAAGAACAGCUGGGGCUCAGACUGGGGCGAGGAGGGUUACUACUACUUGCAUCGUGGGUCUGGGGCCUGCGGUGUGAACACCAUGGCCAGCUCGGCAGUGGUGAACUGAGGAGCACCAGCGCGGGACCUGGUGCUGACCAGAGCAGCCCCUUCCUCAGCCUGGCCUGCGUGUCCAGGCCUCUUCCCAGGAGGCACAGCUGGCUGAGGGACAGGCACCGGGUACCUCAGGGUGAGCAAAAGGCACUGGGCUAGGACAACACCCCUACCCCCUUCUCCCCCCCCACCCUACCCUGAAGUUCCCCAGCGGCACCUUUGUUGACUUGUGGUAGCUAGGAGGCCCUUGGGCCAAAGGAGGGUGUCCUGGCAGCUGAGGCUGGGGCAAGAACCUUGGGCUUGUGUAAGGAGCAGGUGGGAAGAAGAUACUCUGGUUUUAAACCCAGCUUUGUUCUCAGCAGGCUCUGGCUUCCUGCCCUACCUUUCCUCUGUCUGAUGCUAUACAUUUUCUGGUUCCCCCUGGGUUUGGGGACAUUGUUUCCUUCCACAUCUAGAGAAACUAUUGUAACUGCCUUUUUCUAACAGCAAUAAAGAGGUGUCCUAAGCCCCA